CCCCCAUCAACCCAGUCAGUCAGCCACGCGCAGACUACAACAUCUUUGUGGUGCCAAACCGGCGAAUUUGUUUUCCCCGAGUUUUAGAAUCUAUUCAAGUUACAAAUGACAUGCAAUCGGAGUAAGCCAUACGCAAGAGUAUAUCUACGGAAAGGAAACGAAAAACUACGUGCUAAAAGUUUUAGCUACAGAAGGGACAUUACUGCUUGCCCGUCUAGCUAGCCAUUGAGCUAGCUAUAACGUGCAAGGCUGUACUACAGUAGCCAGCUAAGCUUUCGAUCAAGUUCCGAAGAGGCAAUGUCUUUUCGUCGACAGAACGUAAGUUGUAGUCGUAUUAAGUUGCUAAGCAAGGGUAGCUUGCUGCUACAUGUAUUGUUUUCUGUAUGAAUUCUAGCUAGUUUGUUCGAUAUUUGUUAGCAGCUAAAAGUUGGCUAGCUAACGUGAGCUUUAUCGAUGGUGUCCUCAUUGACUUACUUGUACACUAGCUAGGUAGUCAGUCUGGUAAUGUCAAAUACUAUUUAGUAGACUAAAGGCAAAUUGAAUCAGUAUAACUGUUACUUGAGGUGUAAUUAUUGGCAUGUGUCACACCAGCAACAACCCGGUUCAGGCGGACGAAAAACCUCGAAUGGAACGGCAGGGCCAGCAGGUUUACCCCCUCAUAUCAGCGGGAACAAUACCAACAGAGCUGUGCCUGGAAGGUAAGCAUAUGUUCGGCCACAGUCGUCAAGCAAGUCCGGGGAUCUGCCACAUAUCCAUAGAGGUUUACCGGUCAAUACGAGGAUUACAGUGGGCGUGCCCAUGUGAAACGGAGGCUUUAACUCGAUGUUUAAAGCAAAUUGGAACGAAGUAAAUAUGAUAGAUGUAUGUUGCGGCCAAUGGCCACAGAUGGUCUGUUAAACCGACAUUGGUAUGAUUGACUGGUGUCCGAACCAAUGGGAUAGACGAUACAUUUGAUUGACGCAAAUAUGCCCAUUCACUUUCUGUGGGGAGGGGAUUAUCCGUGUGUUUGUUGUUUUUUCAAGCGUUUGCUUUAGGUUUUGUUUGGCCUGUCAAGUCGUGUGAUUUUUCACAGAAUCAACAAGACUGCGGAGUAACAGGGAUGCACAUGACUAAAAAGUAUUAACACUCUUUUGUUAUUUAUUGUAUUCAACGUGUCUCUCGAUAUCUAGCAAUUCUUAAAUUAUUUACCGGUUUGCAGUUAGUUUCCUCCUUACUAGCUGUCUUGUUUAGCUUGCCAGCUAACGUUAGCUAGACAACAAAUAGCUAACUAUUGUAUUGUACCUAAACUAGCUAUUGUUUAGAUUUUUUAUCGUAUGACAAUCUCGCCGGUUACUCCAAAUUGAUAGCCAGUUACUAGAUUACUUUAGUUAAAAUAGUUGCACGUUAGCAGGCUACCGCUAGGUAACGUUAGCUACAUUGUUAGCCAAAUCGCAUUAGCGUUACCUUCGGUUUUAGCUAACCCCAGUUAGCCAGCUUGUGUCAACACAGUUGUUUUCGUUAAGCCUCGCAAACAAUGUCGAACGACACAGUAAUAGAGAACAGAACAUGAUCCGCUACGGGUCUAGCUUGUCCCCCCCUAAUGUCAUAGCUAACUAACGCGUAGAUCACCGGCGUCUGCACGCAUCCGUGACGGUGAUCAGUCUUUUGCUCGACGACUGCAUAGACCGGUCUCCUAGAUCAUCUAGCCAUGCAGUCCUAUGACAGAUCGAGAACCAACACGCUAAAAAGUCCGUAUUUGAUCAACGCAAUGUCCCGUGGCCAUAAUGCUUCGCAAGUUUGCAUGUUAGUUAGCUACAUUGAAAGUGGUGCAGCUGCCGGCCUAUUUCUUGCUUUGCAGCAUUUUGCCCCCAAGACAGCUACACCCAUUUGUCUUGUCUGUUGCUAAUGUUCUCUCCUCACAUUCAGGACAAGAAAUACAAUGAAGCCUCCAUCUCAGCCCUCUCCCGUAAGUCACAUAUCAUGAAAUGUAGGCUAUCCAGCAUGUACUACAGCCGUUUUAUGUAACAGUGCAUAGCCUAGUACUCGUUUGAUGACAUUAUCUAGGUUGUCUUUCUCUUUGUUUGCUUCCAUACCAUUGUACAAAGUGAAAACUCUAAAAUGUUGAAAGGAAAUUGUGGGUAGAGUAAGGUCACAUUUUUGGAGCUUUGAAAUAGAGGUCCAUGCCAUACUGAAGUCAGACAUGUUUGUUUGCAACUCGCAGGUAUUUGAAGGUGUCUACAACAACACCAGGAUGCUUCACUAUCUCACCGCUGUAGUGGUGAGUGUUCAUUUGGUCAUUUAGGCCCUGGUCCACCAUGGUACCUUUGAUGCAACACAUACACUAUGCCCUAAUGUGCACUCUUUCCACUAUUUAAGUUGUCUACUAAUGUAUAUCUUCAUGAAAUGACCAAUAACCAUAUUAUUCUAUAUAUUUUUAUUAUUAUCCUUCAAGGGUUCCACCUGUGAUGUCCGAGUGAAGAGUGGAAAUGUGUAUGAAGGAAUCUUCAAGACCCUCAGCUCAAGGGUAAUUUUAUUCUACCUUGUAUCCGGCCGCGUCCGGGAGACCCAUGGGGCGGCGCACAAUUGGCCCAGCGUCGUCCAGGGUAGGGGAGGGAAUGUCCGGCAGGGAUGUAGCUCAGUUGGUAGAGCAUGGCGUUUGCAACGCCAGGGUUGUAGGUUCGAUUCCCACGGGGGCCAGUAUGAAAAAUAAAAUUAAAAUAAUGUAUGCACUCACUAACUGUAAGUUGCUCUGGAUAAGAGCGUCUGCUAAAUGACUAAAAUGUAAAUGUAUUAGACGGCAGGUAGCUUAGUGGGUAAGAGCGUUGUGCCAUAACCGAAAGGUCGCUGGUUCUAAUCCCCCGAGCGACUAUGUGGAAAAAUCUUUCGAUGUGCCCUUAAGUCAAGGCACUUACCCUAUUGUCUCCUGUAAGUCCGGCUCUGGAUAAGAGCGUCUGCUAAAUGACUAAAAUGUAAAAUGUAAACAUACAGGGGUGUUCUGCAUACAGACACGUUAUAGACCCCUCCUAGAAACAUGGUUGUGGUCAGAGGUUCACCUUGAUCUCGGGUGUAUUCAUUAGUCGGAUCUGUUACAAAAAAUAGUCAGUUGCACAUCUGAAUGCAUUCAACCGAAAUGUGUCUUCCGCAUUUAACCCAACCCCUUUGAAUCAGAGAGGUGCGGGGGGCUGCCUUAAUCGAUGUUCACGUCAUCAGCGCCCGGGGAGCAGUUGUUCAAGGGCUCUGGGAUUUGAACCAGUAAACUAUCAAAUCACAUUUUAUUGGCCACAUGCGCCGAAUACAACAGGUGCAGACAUUACAGUGAAAUGCUUACUUACAGCCCUUAACCAACAGUGCAUUUAUUUUUUAAUAAAAAAGUAAAAUAAAACAACAACAACAACAACAAGCCCAGUCGAUGAAAAUGGGAGCGUGCUCAGUCCUCUUUCUUUUCCUGGCCCACUGCUCUUAACCGUUAGGCUACUUGCCACCCCUUUUACCGUUUACUCUAGGGACUAGUGUUGUCACAAUACCAGAUUUUUGACUUCGAUACCAGGUUUACUCGAUACAUCACGAUGGAUACCAAAACGAUACUACAUCUCUAUUGAUAAACUGGGUAAAUUAAGAUGUAGCCUAUCCAAAAACAAGGUGAAUGCAUAUUCAAUAGGAGUGUGUGCACGCAUUGAGUUAUUGAGCUUGUUUUGGCUGAUUUCAUGGGGCUACAGAUGACAAUCUCUUUCUCUUUUCCCUUCGAUUUGGGACUUAUUUUAGUGUACUGAUCAACAUUUGCAUUGAAGUAGUUUAUUUUAUAAAAAUGUGCGCUGUCUACCAGUAAUAAGUAAUUCAUGAUGCAAGAGGGGGGCGGCCCGUAGGAGCUGUCAGUUCGCUGAGGCAAUAGAUCAUCUUUGGGAGAGAGACGUGAGAGAGACCGAAAUAAGAUAAUUAAUAUAUAUUUUUUUGUGUCAAUCAGCUUUGAAAUCAGCAUAUUUUGCAUUAUGGUUUGCGUUAUAGUUCACAAAGUACUAGGGUAGUGAAUUGAUGUUAGUUUUAGCUGUCAGCUAGCAAGGAAAGUUGGCCUACAAUAGCUGGAAGCUACCGGUGUCGUCGUGCAUUGUAAAGUGUUCUAGCCUAUAUUGACAUUGUUUUGCAAACAAUAAGUAACAGUCUCAAAAUUUCUGCACAUUUGACAGAAGUACCGAAAGUAACACAAAUCUAGUACCGAACAGUUUAUCAUGUUCUAUUAUCGAAAAACUACCGACGUUUUGGUAUACCAUGCAACACCAGGAGGGACCUACCUGAAAUUGUCCAAUAGAAACUUGUUUUCGUUGCAAAACGUUUUACGUUUGGAGUAAAUGGUUUCCGUUGCAAAAUGUUUUGCAACAGACAGUGUUUUGCAAUGGAAUCAAUAUAAUGACUACACCCCAGGUCACAUUGACCACUGCCUGCAGUCACUCUUCAGUUAACCUCAGUGGUCCUAAUGUGUGUUUACUCCAGUGUGAGCUGGUGGUCGACGCAGUCCACAAGCGGAGCGAGGGAGGAGAGGCGGAUGGAGACGGAGGGGGAGGCUUGCCCCCCUCCCUGCCCAGGAUCGAGGAGAUCACAGACACCAUGAUCUUCAGCCCCGGCGACCUGGUCACAAUGACUUGCCGAGAUGUGGACCUCAACUACGCCAUCAGAGGUAAGUGUGUGUGUGUGAGAGAGUGCGCGUUGUCAGUGUGACUGAAACUGAUUCAAGAUAAGGAUGUGUGUUUAAGUAAGCAGUCGAACUGAAUGAGACAGAUGGGAGGGUGAACCAAGUGUGUGCGUGCAUCAUUAUGUACCCCUAGUAGAUGACACAUUAUACCUUCAAAUUUGGGCAUUGUGUGUGUGUGUGUAGAUGCUUUCACAGAUACAGCAAUCAGCUCAUCGCGGGUGAACGGGGAGCACAAGGAGAAGGUGCUGCAGCGGUGGGACGGAGGGGACAGCAACGGAGAAGGCUUCGACCUGGAGACGGACACGGUGAGGCGCAUAGACACAGUAGCUAGUUUUCCAUCCAAUUCACAAUUUUUUUUUGUGAUAAAUAGAAAACUUGCCCAAUCUGGUUUUGGUACAUGCUCUCAAGACAAGUUUGCUGAUACAGUUGACAGGGGGUUAUAUGAUGAUAUGGAUAAGAGCAAGAUACAUAUAUUUUUUGAUAAUGGCAGUCAAGCACCAAUCAUCAUGUCACCAGCAUUUAAAUAACACCCUCAAUAUUGAUUGGAAAUGUCCAUGAAACUCAACGUGCCCUUAACCACAAUGUGAAGUUCAUAACUUAUUUCAUCUGCCUAUAAACCCUUUAUGCUUUUACACGACGUGAUGGUAGUAGGCUACAACAACGUAACAUAUCAUCGUGUGACUCCAAGUUAAUUUUUCGACAUGGUGGUUAUUACAGUGGGGGGAAAAAGUAUUUAGUCAGCCACCAAUUGUGCAAGUUCUCCCACUUAAAAAGAUGAGAGGCCUGUAAUUUUCAUCAUAGGUACACGUCAACUAUGACAGACAAAUUGAGGAAAAAAAAUCCAGAAAAUCACAUUGUAGGAUUUUUAAUGAAUUUAUUUGCAAAUUAUGGUGGAAAAUAAGUAUUUGGUCACCUACAAACAAGCAAGAUUUCUGGCUCUCACAGACCUGUAACUUCUUCUUUAUGAGGCUCCUCUGUCCUCCACUCGUUACCUGUAUUAAUGGUACCUGUUUGAACUUGUUAUCAGUAUAAAAGACACCUGUCCACAACCUCAAACAGUCACACUCCAAACUCCACUAUGGCCAAGACCAAAGAGCUGUCAAAGGACACCAGAAACAAAAUUGUAGACCUGCACCAGGCUGGGAAGACUGAAUCUGCAAUAGGUAAGCAGCUUGGUUUGAAGAAAUCAACUGUGGGAGCAAUUAUUAGGAAAUGGAAGACAUACAAGACCACUGAAAAUCUCCCUUGAUCUGGGGCUCCACGCAAGAUCUCACCCUGUGGGGUCAAAAUGAUCACAAGAACAGUGAGCAAAAAUCCCAGAACCACACGGGGGGACCUAGUGAAUGACCUGCAGAGAGCUGGGACCAAAGUAACAAAGCCUACCAUCAGUAACACACUACGCCGCCAGGGACUCAAAUCCUGCAGUGCGAGACGUGUCCCCCUGCUUAAGCCAGUACAUGUCCAGGCCCGUCUGAAGUUUGCUAGAGUGCAUUUGGAUGAUCCAGAAGAGGAUUGGGAGAAUGUCAUAUGGUCAGAUGAAACCAAAAUAGAACUUUUUGGUAAAAACUCAACUCGUCGUGUUUGGAGGACAAAGAAUGCUGAGUUGCAUCCAAAGAACACCAUACCUACUGUGAAGCAUGGGGGUGGAAACAUCAUGCUUUGGGGCUGUUUUUCUGCAAAGGGACCAGGACGACUGAUCCGUGUAAAGGAAAGAAUGAAUGGGGCCAUGUAUCGUGAGAUUUUGAGUGAAAACCUCCUUCCAUCAGCAAGGGCAUUGAAGAUGAAACGUGGCUGGGUCUUUCAGCAUGACAAUGAUCCCAAACACACCGCCCGGGCAACGAAGGAGUGGCUUCGUAAGAAGCAUUUCAAGGUCCUGGAGUGUCUAGCCAGUCUCCAGAUCUCAACCCCAUAGAAAAUCUUUGGAGGGAGUUGAAAGUCCGUGUUGCCCAGCGACAGCCCCAAAACAUCACUGCUCUAGAGGAGAUCUGCAUGGAGGAAUGGGCCAAAAUACCAGCAACAGUGUGUGAAAACCUUGUGAAGACUUACAGAAAACAUUUGACCUGUGUCAUUGCCAACAAAGGGUAUAUAACAAAGUAUUGAGAAACUUUUGUUAUUGACCAAAUACUUAUUUUCCACCAUAACUUGCAAAUAAAUUCAUAAAAAAUCCUACAAUGUGAUUUUCUGGAUUUUCUUUUCUCAUUUUGUCUGUCAUAGUUGACGUGUACCUAUGAUGAAAAUUACAGGCCUCUCAUCUUUUUAAGUGGGAGAACAUGCACAAUUGGUGGCUGACUAAAUACUUUUCUCCCCCACUGUAUAUCAAUAGUUGCACAUAACAGCGUUUCCACCACAAUUAUGGCAAUCUAUUUCACAGACCAAAAAAUGACGUUGAUGAAAAAUGAUGUUGUCGACAAUAGGAUGUUUUGACGACAAAUGUACUGUUUGUAUCCGGCCUGUUGUGAGUUUAAAAAAAAAAGUGUCAGGUAAUUACUCUCCAUGAAAUGGAUGGAUGGAAUCCUGGUCACUGACGCACACACACACAGACUUGGUGAGACACAGGCACACACUGACUGUACGGUUCUUCUGUCUCCGUCAGUCUAAUGGCUGGGAUGCCAGCGAAAUGUUCAAGUUUAACGAGGAGACAUAUGGCGUCACGUCCACCUAUGAUUCCAGCCUCUCCAUGUACACGUGAGUAUCCUCCCCUCGGCUCCUUAUUCUGAUUGUGAAAUAUGCUCUGUCUAUAUAGCUCUGUAUCAUUCUGUCUUAGGCAGCGUUUACACAGGCAGCCCAAUUCUGAUAUUUUUUCCGCUAAUCGGUCUUUUGACCAAUCACAUCAGAUCAUUUUCAGAGCUGAUUGUUCAGAAGACCAAUUAGUGAAUAAAAGAUCAGAAUUGGGCUGCCUGUGUAAACACAGCCUUAUUCACUCACAACACCCUUUCUCUCUCUCACACAUGUUUUUGAAUGACCUUGGAAGUCUUAUCUCGGUCUUUCUCCCCCUUCAGUGUUCCCCUGGAAAGGGGCAGCUCGGAUGGCUUCCGGCAGCGGGAGGCACGCGCGGCCCGCCUGGCGAAUGAGAUCGAGGGCAGCCCCCAGUACCGUCACCGCACCAACCUGGAGAAUGACGACAAGAGCGAGGAGGACAAGUACAGCGCUGUUGUCCGAGAGAGAGACGAGGGGAGGGAGAGGGGCAGCCCCGGAUUCCAGAGCAGUGCCGGGAGCAGGUGAGUCCGGAGGGGAAUCGCAGACAUACACACGCUUAGUUGUACACUCAACACAUGGGCGCAUAAACACAGUUGGCGAAACUGCAUCUGUGCGAGGAUGUAGGCUACUCACUCAGUUGGUUACACAGACAGACGUAACGCCACUCUAACAUACACUGAACAAAAAUAUAAAUGCAACAUGUAAAGGGUUGGUCCCAUGUGUCAUGAGCUGAAAUAAAAGAUCGCAGACAUUUUCCAUGAGCACCAGAAGCUUAUUUAGCUCACAUUUAGUACAGAAAUGUGUUUUCAUCCCUGUUAGUGAGCAUUUCUCCUUUGCCAAGAUAAUCCAUCCACCUGACAGGUGUGGCAUAUCAAGAAGCUGAUUAAACAGCACGGUCAUUACACAGGUGCACCUUGUGCUGGGGACAAUAAAGGCCACUCUAAAAUGUGCUGUUUUGUCACACAAUACAAUACCUUUUUAUUUAAGGUAUCUGUGACCAACAGAUGCAUAUCUGUAUUCCCAGUCGUGAAAUCCAUAGAUUAGGGCCUAAUGAAUUUAUUUAAAUUGGACUGAUUUCCUUAUAUGAACUGUAACUCAGUAAAAAAACAAAUGUGUUGCAUGUUGCGUUUAUACUUUUGUUCAGUUUAUCUCUCUCUCUCUAGGGAGGGUAAAUACAUUCCUCUUCCCCAGAGGGCCAGGGAGAUGGGUGUGUCCCCCAGCAGCCUGAGGGGCGGAGCCUCUGGUCCAAUACCCAAUCGAACAGGAGCCCCUGGCUCCUCGAGACCCUCCCAGGGUUCUGAUAGGAGCAGCCCACUGUCCGUCAGGGGCGCCUACUCUCCCCACCAGUCCCAAGCCAGCCCCCCGGCCCAGCCCAGCACCCCUACUCCCUCCUCUUCCUCCUCUCACCCGAUCCCUCACUCCAUCUCUCACCCACAAGCUCUGGCCGAAGCCUCACGCUCUUCUGUCAACGGAGGUAAGGCCUCUGUCUGUUUGGGUAUAUUGAGGGAGGGAGUGUGUGUGUGAGGUUUUGUAUAUAUUGAGUGUUAAUUGUGCUCUUUCUGCGUAUCAGUGUCAUCCAGAACUUCCCCCAAAGCCCAGAGAUCCGUACAGAGCAAUAGAACUCUGCGCAACCCAAGCUCCCAGUCCUCACCUGCAGGUACACACACCCACCUCAUCUGAAAGUGCACAGAAAGGCACAUUUCAACGACUCAUAGUCUAGACUAUUUACAUCCCUCACCUCUCCUUUUCCCUUCUCUCUCCCCGCAGUCUCUCGCUCUCCAAAACCAGACGACCCCGCUCUAGCUGGCCCCAUCUACCUGGACACUUCCUCCUCCUCGAUCGCCUCGGCAACACCCAAGUCCUCUGGCCCCACCCCUCUGUUCACGGUGGAUGGUGAGGAGGAAGAUGCUGAUUACUGCACUAUCUUUUUACAGAAUUGUUAUUUAUUGAUCUAUUGAAGUUCUUUUUGUGUAUCGUUUUUAAUGAAUUCUGUUCCUCUCUCUCUUUAUCUCUCUCCAUUUGUCUCUUGCUUUCUUUUUCUCUCGCUCUCAGUGAAUGAGAUCCUGAGCUCAACGGCUAAGGAGAGGACUGAAGGUCCAGCCAGCCCUCAGGAUGGCAAGAGUGGCAAAGGUUAGCUUUCCUUCCUCUCUCCAUUUGACUGGUCCCUGUCCUUUCCCCUCUUUUGAAAAAUAGAUUUUCUCUCUCCCUCUCAGUUCCCUCAGUCCUGCAGAGAACACAGUUGGAGGAGCUACGGAAAUUUGGCAAAGAGUUCAGGGUAAGUGUGUGCCUCGUGUCCAUGCAUGCCUGUGUUACCCAUGUAUGUUAUCUGAUUCUGACACUCUCGCGCUCUCCCACAGCUCCAGCCCAGCUCCUCCCCUUCUGCUGGCCCCGCCUCCUCAGAACCCGCCCAGCCCUCCCCAUCAGACUCCGCCACCACAGCCGAGUCCAAACCCGCCCCUGGCCACACUCCCUCCCAGGACCCCCAGACUGGAGAGGGGUCCUCCUUCACCCCUACCUCCACCACCCCUACCCCCUCUCCAGCCCCCAACACCGCCUCUCAGUCAUCAGGUCCAGACAGGCAGGCUGCAGGGACACCCCAGCCAGCCAGGACCCCUGGCAGCGAAGAGGGCGGCGAGCGAGCAGAGGGUGUGGCUGAGUAAGUUUGAACAGUACAGUACAGUAUUCCUCAGUGCAGUACAAUCUACUCCUAAGUCUAACUGUGGGUAUUAGGUUAUCUGUUAUAUGUAGUAGUGUUGAUUAGGGGGUGUAACUGUUCACCAAACCAAUGGUUUGGUAAGUAUUAAGGUUGUGGGGUCACAGGAAAAAUGUAAUGUCAUUCACAAUGUUCAGCAUUCACAAUGUUCCUAGCAUUGUCUGUUGUGACCGGAUUGGUAUGUUGGGCCUCAAGAUGUCCACUCCGAUGCUGCGUUUGUAACCAUGUGGGAGGCGGGAAUUUACCAGUUGUGAAGUUGUAAAUACCAGUUGGAUGUAUUCAUGUGAUUUUAACUCGUUGCGAAAUGCCGAUUGGCUAAUGGCCAACAACCUAUAACCAUAAACUAAAAGUACAGCUAUCAUGCAAAUGAUAGUGCUUUUUAUAAAUAAUGUUUUGUUGCAUUUAACUGCCGAAAGUGCUGUUAUUGAGGCCAUUUCCUUAGUAGGUGAUGUCAGAGGUCAACAUGUGGGAGAAGUUGGUGCUCAGGAUGAUAGAUGAGUUUCCCACUAGUAAUUACCAGUUUGAGGGCCGUUCAAGUGGGUUUGUUCCCAGUCGUAUGUGGUAAAUUCCCACUUCCCUCUUGAUUAUGAACACUGCCUCCUUCAGUGCCAGAUGCGCGUCUCACUCCGGGGUAAUGUGAUGGGCUCACUGUUAAGUAAGCGCAACACUGGGUGCAUAGGCCAAUUCAUUGGGAACUUAUGCUCUGGUUUGUGUAUAUAGAGCAAGUAACCUGUUUGCUGAAAUGGGCGCAAGAGGGAAGUUCGUAAACCUCUACUGAAACCCCCUAUGCUCAACCACUGAGAAUGGGUGCAUAAACGCAGCUAUAAACCACACUUUAAAGACCUAUCGCUCUUGUAAACUCUUUGGCCCAGUCAGAAUCAGCUGCCAAGGGCUGCUUGAAUGCAGAGGGGAAACGAUGUGUUGCUGUUUCUUUGAGUUUCCAUCUUGCUCCGGUAUACUGGGGUGACGCCGUCGUAAAUGUCAACAUAUUUAUAGGCUAUUCUCAUUGAGCAGUGGCGACCGUACAGUUAACGUUUUAUCCACAGCUCUCUGUCCAUUGCCGUUGUAGUCUGCUGGGAAGCCAAAAUGUUCCGAAACUGGAGAUUUGAAUGACGAUGGAGGAUCCUCCAAUUCUGGUUUAUCGACCCCACCACUCGCCAUCGUACAGAACUAGUUCCAGACUGUGCCUCACAAAAGGACAGUUUGAAAUGCGCCAGUUAAGAUUAGAAUUUGGAUUACAACAUGUGCAUAGGCUCUAGUUGUUUUAACAGAAUAGCCUACAAUGUUUUUUCAGCUCAGAUUUACUCGAGGCAUAGGCCUACAAUCCAUUCGGGUUCACAGUGCGGACUGAACUGAGGUCCUUGUACCGACCGGUUUGGUACGAAUAAGUGUACCGUUACACCCCUAGUGUUGAUAAGAUGUGUUGACACACCUUUCUGUAGGUAUUAUGCUAGGGCUGGGCGAUAUAUCAUGAAUACCGAUAUGAAUCCACAUACCGGUAUGGAUUUGUACAAUACCGUAUAUAACAAAUAUGUUGAUACAUUAAGUCAAAAGUGAGCCCCAAGCUCAGGUGGGCAAGGUAGUUGCCAUGUUGAGGAUGUAUGGAAAAGGGAUUUGAAAGAUGAUUUGGAGUACUCAUCUCGCUCUCCUGUGUGUUUUUUAGUCAGGUGAAGAAGUCUACGCUGAACCCCAACGCCAAAGAGUUCGUCUUCAAGGCACCCAUGACCCUGGUCUGUCACACACACACGCGCACACACACACACACACACAGGAAAGUAGUUGAGAACAAAUUCUCUCUCACAACAACCUGUUUGGCCAGGAGUCCAACUAUAUAUUCAGACACAUACUCGCACACCAAAUGUAACUGUGUGCGUGAUUUGUUCAACUAAACUCACAUUAUCUCACAAACCAACCUAAACUGUGCGCGUUCUCUCCUCCCCAGGUGAAGCCGUCCCCAGCCCCCACCCCCCCGCGGCCCACUCCUCCCAGCCCCUCCGUGGUGCUCCAGCCCCCCCCGGGACAACAGGCCAUCUACAGCACCCCCUACCUGUCCUACCUCUCCCCCGUACAGCUACAGGGACACUCUGUACAGGUAUGACUAGGACUGAGGCUGUGUGUGUGUGUGUGACUUCUGUCUCUGAAAAAUAAGCAUUAGUGUGUCUGGGGUGUAUACAUUUGAGGUUGGGGUCUAACUGUCCUUUGUUUCCCCAGGCUCCCCAGAUGUAUCAGUACACCAUGUCUACAGUCCAGCAGGGGAAAUAUCCCAGAGCUAAAGGUAUACACACUUACACCAUUCUGUUACCUAAUGAAUAGGUUGGUCGCAACACUGUCAUAACCGUUCUCUCUCUAUUCAAUGUUACGCUCUUUUAAUUUAGCAACUCGGGAACAUUUGAAAUCAACAAGUAAAGAACUAGAUUAAAGUUAUGACCACAAUGAUCAGUAUGUUAAUAACCCUCUCCCCCCUCCCAGGCCAGGUGGUAGGCCCUCGUCCGGACCACCACGGCUCUUCUCAGCCCCAGAUGCUCCAGGCUGCAGCGUCUGCAGCAGGCCCUCCCCUGGUGGCCUCCCCCUACCCCCAGGCCUACCUACAGUACAGUCAGGUCAUCCAGGGCAUGCCCCACUACCCCGGACAGGUAGCUAACUACCAUGCUAAUGUUGCUAAUGCUAACCAGGCCAUGCCCCACUACCCCGGACAGGAAGCAAACUACCAUGCUAAUGUUGCUAAUGCUAACCAGGCCAUGCCCCACUACCCCGGACAGGAAGCAAACUACCAUGCUAAUGUUGCUAAUGCUAACCAGGCCAUGCCCCACUACCCUGGACAGAUAGCUAUUGUGCUAGUGGUGCUGGCGCUAAUACUUGUCCACGCUUAUAACAGCAUAGGCCCGGAGACCAACAAUGUGUGUUGUGGAUGGAGGUUUUGUUUCAAUAACAUUUUCUGAUUCCCUUUUUUCACUCUUUUUCUUUAUUUCUUUCUUCCUCUCUUCUCUCCCCUUCUCUCGUUCUUUCUCCUCUCCCUAUUUCUCUUUCUCGCUCGUCUCCCCCCCCCCCCGUGCUAGCCGGUGUACUCCAUGCUGCAGGGUGGGGCCAGGAUGUUGACUCAGGCGGGCCACCCCCAGGCUCUGGGCCCCCCAGGCCCCCAGUACCCCGGACAGACCGAGGGGCCCCCGGGACCACAACAGGCCAUGUAUGGUAAGAUAACGUCUGUUUAAAAGUACACUGAGCAAGACUUCAUUGUAGUCGUGUACAGGACAACGUCCUGCUAACAGACAUUCAUAUCAAUACAAUUCAUUUCUUCUAAGACUGUCAUUGUUCAAGGCUCUUUGGUUUGUAAAUUAUGUUUGAAUCCACAUACAUGGUUCACGUUAGUCUUCCAUCUGUCUCUUAGCCCCCCAGCAGUUCUCCCACCAUUCUAGCUCCAUGCACCCUCCCCAGCCCUCCAGCACUCCCACUGGGAGCCAGCCCCCUCCCCAGCACACUGCCCCCAGCCCUGGGCACGGACAGGUAAACCAAAUAGCCCAGCAUUGUGUGUGUGUAUAUGCAUGUAUGUUUUGUCACAUACACCGGAUAGGUGCAGUAAAAUGUGUUGUUUUACAGGGUCAGCCAUAGUAGUACGGCGCUUUUAUGAGUUAUCUUUUUUACGCGUAACUUUUUCAAAUUAGGUAAUAUUAUUAGUUACUUUGUCCAAAAAAACGUGUGCGUUACUUUCAGAAUCGGGGACGUGUUUCCAUGAUCCGAUCUUGACUUCUUCCCUCAUUUAGUUCUCGAGCAAGUGGAGAAAGGCUGUUUUAGAGAGAUGUCAUAACUGCUGCUGUCCAUAGAAGUGUAUAGAGGGCGCACCUCUGAUCUUUGCUAUUGAUCGCUUCUGUGAUAGCAAAGCCCAUAGAGGGUUUUCCCUGUCUAGUGGAAAGUGUGCCCUUUAUACAUCUCUAUGGGUUGUGUAUGUGCGGUCUAUAACCAGAACUGGCAGCUCGAGAGAGAUUUUGAAUGAAAAGAGAACCUGUUCAGAUGUUUGGAUUACAGUCAGGGCCGGUGUUAUGGGCGGGCCUUAGAGGGCCUGGCCGACCCGACCCCGUACCUCCUUGCCCGUCCAAAUAAAAUAUUGAAAUAUUGAUUAUUUAUUUGACCGAGACGUGCAACGACAGAAAGACACAUCUAUCUCAGAUAUAGCAUCCAAGCGAGCGAAACGGCGCCCCUCUGUCUCGGUAUGUGUUGUCGCCUGCAUAGAGCCCCACAGUGGAGGUGUCAUAAUACCCAUAAAACCUAGCGGUCAAACAGGGAAAUGGUUCCAAUUGUUUUUCUUUUGCUUAACCUGGCGUAACUUUUCUCUCAGACAAGGUGACUUUUUUAUCAAUAUAUUCAGCUCUAUUUACUCUGAUUCAAACAUGCUAAUUAGCAUAAAAGUAGACAUCGUGCAAGACCACAAAUCCCUGCAAGCUCCUGCACGUCAUCUCUAGCUGACAACUUUGCUAACAGGUAUUGUGUCAAUGUAAAACUUGCACAAGACAGUUAACAGAAUUGUCCAUUUAAAGAAAUGUAGCCAAUUUAUUAAUUACUACAUUUAGCUCACAUUAGAUAGUUAAUCCAGAGAUUCUUACCGUUGCCUCCAUUCAUCAGUCUCAACCAGAACAUGGCAUUUGUAGUUCUUUAUGAUAGCCACAUUAGCAUUUCAUUUUGGUGGGGGUAAAUACAGGCAAAUAUAUUGAUAAAAAAGUAACCUUGUCCUAGAGAAAUUCAGUUAUCAAAACAAAACACAGCCCAUAUUUUAAGUGUUUCUAAAAAAAAUAAAACCUAUGGGGAAAAUGAAUGGUGGAAAAACUAUAGGAACCAUUUCCCUGUUUGACCGCUAGGUUUUUGGGGUAUUAUGACUCAUACAGUGGUACUCUAUUCCCGCCUUUGGUACAACAACUCCCAUUGUUAGGGCGGAGACGUGCAUUAUUAUAUACAUAUUUCUGGUUUCAGCCACUUGCGAAUUGGAAAGGAAAGUUGGUGGGUGCACAGUGUACUGUUCGGAUGUCUGGCUUACCCUACAUUGAUGUUUUGCCAAAAUUAUAUAAUUACUCCUGUCUAAAUAAAAUAGUUCACCAGAGAGCAUGACUCAGCCACAGAGUAUCAUUAGCUUCUUGAAGAAAAAAAAGUGAGUGACUCUUGUCAGUCAGUGUAUACUACCGAAUCGCAUCGGUGAGAAAGCCAUUCAUUUGGCUCCCUAAUUUGCAUAGGCUAUUGGUAGGCCUGGGCUUUUGGGCGGUUAUCUGCUGAUAUAUUAUGAAAACAUUCGACGAAGAUGGUGAAUCUUCACCGCAGCAAUAGGUAGUGGGGAGCCUCAUUCUGGUCCAAAUAUGAUAAUUAGGGCCCUCAUGGAAUCCAGGCAUUAAAACAGAAUUCAACAAUAUUCAGAAAUGUAUUGACCUUAGGAAGGAAUCAACUAAAUGUAUGGAUUCAAAUCAUCAAAGAUGAUGAUUAGUCGAUCAUUUGAGUCAGCUGUGUAGUGCUAGGGCAAAAAACAAAAAUGUGCACCCCUUUGGGUCCCCAGGACCAGGAUUACAAAAGUGAUUUGACCUUUUAAUUAAUUUUAAGAUAAUGUGGGCUAUUUACUUAAUUUUUCAGUUUUUAAUCAAAUAUAUAAUUUGAAAAACAAACAUCUUUCUGACAAUUCAUAUCUUGCAGUAAAACCGUUAAUACGACUAAUCUCAAGACGCAAAAUGUUUAAAGUUUAAUGUUCCCUUACUUAGAAAAUAGUCCGGAUCAUGUAGAUAUCCAAUUAACAAACUGAAUUCAUACAUUUUCUGUAAUUUAAAUUGUGAAGUAGUCUUUCUACACAAUACAACACAUUUUUCCAUCUGGGAGGUAAACUCAAUAGUUUUCAAUAAUUUUGCUGAGUAUUUCAGAUGGAAUCAUGGCAUUAGAAUUAUAAUAAUAAUUAUAAUAAUAUGCCAUUUAGCAGACGCUUUUAUCCAAAGUGACUUACAGUCAUGCGUGCAUAUUUUUUUAUUUUUUUUAUUUUUGUGUAUGGGUGGUCACGGGGAUCGAACCCACUACCUUGGCGUUACAAGCGCCGUGCUCUACCAGCUGAGCUACAGAGGACGAUCAAUGCAACAUGCUGCUUUGCAUAGCCUAUGUAGAUAGAAUGUACCAUAGGCCACCAAAAUUGAGCUCCUUCGAGAGGCACCUGGCUGGCUACUUUUUCUAUUUGGCUGGCUAAAACACUGCCUAUUUAUCCUGACCAGCCUGUUUUUAGAUUACUGUGCGUGUGAGAAUAUAGAGUAUGUUUGUCUCAUUGUUGUUAUCACAUGUAUGUGAUUUCCUAACACACUUCUUUUCCUCCCUUCAGUCGGGCCAGGGAGGCCCCCAGCCCCAGUCCAUGUACCACUCUGGGCCCCUGUCAGCGCCCACACCCCCUAACAUGCCCCCUGGCCACAGCUCUCCCCAGGCCUCUUACCCCAUGCAGGGCUACAGCCUGCCCACCCACCAGCCCAUGGCCCAACACUACCCAGGUCUGGGACAGCUCACACAGGUAAUAAACACCAGGCUACUCUGGACCGACAGCCCACAUACUCUCUCCUCUCUCUCUCUGGAGAGUUGAAUGUAACAGAUCUAAGCGAACAAUGAUACUAAGUCAAACAAUAAUGUGACAAUAUCAGAUGUAGCACAAGUCAGAAGUCUAUUUGUUUAAAUUACGUAAGCCGAUACAAGCUUCACUCCGUUGAUCUACGCGUGUGGGUGGAGUCCGAUUUUAUUUUUUUUUUUUUUUUGGGAUCAGCGGAAACCUGUUGGUAACAUAAUAAUAAUAAUAAUAAUAAUAAUAAUAAUAAUAAUAUGCCAUUUAGCAGACGCUUUUAUCCAAAGCGACUUACAGUCAUGCGUGCAUACAUUUCUGUGUAUGGGUGGUCCCGGGGAUCGAACCCACUACCUUGGCGUUUAAAGCGCCGUGCUCUACCAGCUGAGCUACAGAGGACCACUAACAUGAUGCCCUCGCCGGUCCGUGUUUCCUAGACUGCCAUUCACAAGUCUUCUCAUUUGUGGUGAGAGUUACGUUAGUCUUCCCUUGCUAAUAGUAACUAGCUGGCUUUAACCUGGCUAAAAACAGGACGCUAGCUAGCCUUUUUAGCUUACCACAUCUCCUUGUCAAAUAAUCAGAUGUAUAGUUAAAUAUAAUGUGCCAUGGCAAAUAUUGUUAUACUUGCCAGUGUAACCUACAACAGUAUCUCAAUUUGAUAUGCUGCUUCAAUGUAUUUGCUCCCAUAUCAGCUAAAAAUAGUGUCAUAUCACGGAGAAAAGGCACAUGGCUACUAGCUGUUUUUACUGUUUCAAAAUAUCCUGGAAUCACAGUUAUUACUUCUCAACAAAAUACCUUUUUGUGGGGAUUCUAAUAAGGCAACAAUGUUUGGGUUUUGUUUAAACAGGCACUGAGAUUAUAGUUGGUUAUCAAUGCAACAUGCUGCUUUGCAUAGCCUAUGUAGAUCAGAUCAAGAAACCAAGCAACAGUUUCAUUGCCUACACAACACUGUAGAGCCCUGCACUGGCAUGAACUUUAAGCCCGAGCCCUACCCAUGCCUGCGACGUUCAGGCCCUACCCAGGCCGAUUGCUUCUGCCAAAUUUAAGGCCCUGCCCAAAAUAACUUCCUCUAUUAGUAAAUCCAUUAGCUGCUCCUGUCACUUGCUCCCUAUGCGCAGCUCGCUUUGCUUACGGUGGCUCUAAGUCUGGGUAUUGAUAGCUACGGCUCAGCUGGGGCUGCUCUGCUCAAUGACGAGACACGAGAGAGCAGUUAGCUGCUAGCUACUUUUGGUCACUCUAAACUCUUGACAGCUCAAGGAACAUUAUAUUCUGUGAAAUAAUCUCUCCUGUCUUUAUAUUGUAUGUUGAAGCACUUUUGACACCAUGUCAUGAUCUUAAUCAGGCCUGUCGGGGUCGGUUAGCAGUGUUCUAUUAACCUCUUAAGGAUUGGACCCUUUUUUCCCAUUUUCGCCUAAAAUGACAUACCCAAAUCUAACUGCCUGUAGCUCAGGACCUGAAGCAAGGAUAUGCAUAUUCUUGAUACCAUUUGAAAGGAAACACUUUGAAGUUUGUGGAAGUGUGAAAUUAAUGUAGGGGAAUAUAACACAUUAGAUCUGGUUAAAGAUAAUACAAACAAAAAACAUGCGUUUUCUAUUUAUUUUAUAAUCUUUGAAAUGCAAGCGAAAGGCCAUAAUAUAAUAUUGCAGUUUAGGCGCAGUUUAGAUUUUGGCCACUAGAUGGCAGCAGUGUGUACACAUUUUUCAGAUUGAUCCAGUGAAGCAUUGCAAUACUGGACUAUUUUGUAUCAAGUCUGCCCAAAUGUGCCAAAUUGGUCGAUUGAUACAUUUUCAAGUACAUAACUAUAGAGAACAAACCAAAAUUAUAUGGUAAUACAAAAUGUAAGUUAACACACUCCCAGGAAUGUCAUACAUGAUGGAUCAUUAGCUUAUACACUAACUUUCACACAGGGUGGCUGUGGAGCCAGAGACAGCAUGGGUUCAAACUGUAGAACCCAGUUCCUACAUUUGAAUAUACACAUUUAUUUUAUCAAACAAAAUGAUGCUACAUUUUAUGUCUGGGACCUUUAGGAUGAAAAAUCAGAGCAAGAUUACUGAAUAUAAGUACAUUAUUUAUCUUCAGAGGUGAAUGUAUCAAACCAGUUGCUGUGAUAAGUUUUUUGUUGUUGUGCACUUUCCUCAAACAAUAGCAUGGUAUUUUCUCACUGUAAUAGCUACUGUAAAUUGGACAGUGCAGUUAGAUUAACAAUAAUUUAAGCUUUGUGCCCAUGUAAGACAUGUCUAUGUCCUGGAAAGUUUGCUGUUACUUACAACAGUCAUGUUAAUCACAUUAGCGCACGUUAGCUCAACCGUCCCGUAUACAGGACACCAAUCCCAUAGAGGUUAAUGCUGGCCCCACAAUGAACUCUUCGUAGUCAGAUUUGUAGCUACGUUCUACAAGGAGCCACCCAUUUUGUGACGUAAAACAUUUACGUACUGCGUUGCGCUCAAUCUUUCCAUCCAUCUCUAGUCUGUAGACCACUAUUCUUGAAUUAAAUAUGGUUGUUAGAAAUGACACCAUCUCGCCCCCUCUCGCUCCAGGCCCACGUUGCCCAAGGUAUGUCUGGCCCCCACCACCAAGGAGGCCACGGCCCGCCCCAGAUGAUGCUGCACUACGCCCCGCCCCCACAGCAAGGCCCAGGCUCCGCCCAGCAGCAUGGCCCACCCCCCCAGCAGGGGGCGCACCAACACUACUACAUCCAACACCCACAGGGUAAGUAAAUUAAAGUAUUGCAGCUACACAUCUCCAAUAUAAAUUAGCUUUACAUUUCCAGAUCUUCGUCAGUGACUGUUGUUCUGUGUUCUAGCAGUACAGGUGCAGGCUCACCCCACCCAGCAGCUCUCCUUCCACCCCCCUGGAAACUGACACCCCUACCUACACCUAGAGGACCACAGAGGAUGGAAGAGGGGGAGGGGAGCUGAGGACAGGAAGCUGAGGCCCCCAAUCCCUCCCUGAGUCUUCAUGACUGACCCAAUCCCGUUGAGGGACACAAUCAAGUUGUUCUCUGAUCGGCUAAACUGGUCUGAGAAAUGAAGCCCCCUUCUGGAACCACCGCCGCCACACUUCCCUCUCCUCUCGCCCACAAAAUAAGCAACUUGUUUUUUUUCCAGUUUUUUACCCAGAGUUCUUUUAGUUAAAGAGAGCGCGAGAGAGAAUAAGAGAAAGAGCCCGUCAAAGGCUCCCGUUCUGCUACUCUGUUUGGGACAGAGAAAAAUAAUAAUUUCUUUUGUUUUUAUGAAAGCCUAGAAAGACUGAGUCGUCCUCGCUAGCUGGUUCCAUUUUUGAGAGGAUUGACAUGGCGAAAGCAUCGUCUCACAGUAGACUGAAGCGACUCUGCAGAGAGUUAUAGGACUUAUCACAAUGAAACUUGCUCCCUUUUAACCCCUACCUACUUCCUUUGACCUCCUCCCCAUCUCCCUUUCUCCUUUUACAGGUAACCAUUAAUAAAUAAUGAAACUAUUAAAAAAAUGGAAAAAUCAUACAAAAAUAAAGUUUUAAACUCAACCUCAAA